AUGAAUUCACCUAAUGCUUAUGCAGUAUCAUCACAACCUCCUGCAAGGAUGAAAAGGCAAUCACCCAUUGAUUCAGUAUUACCGAUACCUUCUAAAAAUGUGAAAACACCAUCAUCCGUUGAUGCAAUAUUACUACCCCCUACGAGGGAGAAAAUUAUCACGUUACAACACAUAUCAAUGAUCUCUUCAUGGAUUGAUCGACGUUCAACAACUUAUGAU